AUGAGGGCCACUCAGCUACCAAGAAUAUGGGGGUUAGUCCUUUGCUUCCUCCUGUGCUUCAACAUUGUCUUUGCGGGCGUUGCGCAGCCCCUUCCACGGCAGGAUGAUAUAGGUGACGCUCCUGCCACGACUGCUCCUUCAUCCACGACUGAAGAUGCCGCCUCAGCAUCCUUCACAUCCUCGGCGGAUAGCAAAUCAGUUUCUGAAGCGGAGAGCUCCUCGGUACCGUCCUCGGUGUCUGCGACGGGGACGGGCACCGCUCCAGUCCCCACAGUGACAGGCGGUACCAGCGAUAUUAAUUCCACUCUAUUUAAUGUUACUAUUGCUGCGGGUGAUCUGCCUCUGCAGCCUCACGUCACCCCAGGUUUCUCCGUCGCCGGUGUCAUUCUGAUAUUGACAGGCGCCGCCUACACCCUCGUCGGCAUCAAGACUCAGUGGUUGCACUGCUUCCUCUCUGCCGGUUUCCUGGCCGCCGUCGGCGUCACGGUGCUCAUUAUAUAUGUCAUGAAUCCGCCCAUCUCCGAUGGUGUGCAAGGCGCAUACGUUGUCGCGGCCACUGGAACGGGGCUACUGCUCGGCGGUGCGGCCCUCGUCUUCAAGGAGGUCACAGAAUGCCUUGCGUGCUUGCUGGGUGGCUUCUGCCUGGCCAUGUGGCUCUUGACCCUGAAGGAAGGCGGUUUGCUUGGCUCUGGGGGAGCUGGCGUGACGAUUUUCAUCGCUGUUUUUGCGGCUGCGGGGUUUGCAGGAUAUUUCAGCCGCUGGACGAGGGCCCAGUUCAUGAUAACCUGCAUUUCCCUCAGCGGAGCGACGGCAGUUGUCAUCGGAAUCGACUGUUUCAGCCGUGCUGGGCUGAAGGAGUACUGGGCAUGGAUAUGGGACAUUAAUGAUAAUUUGUUCCCGUUCGGUGCAAAUACGUACCCCUUGACCAGGGGCAUCCGAGUUGAGCAAGCCGUUACGAUCAUCAUCGCCAUGAUCGGGAUCGUGUCCCAGAACAAGCUUUGGCUGGUUGUCAAGGCACACCGGGCGAGAAAAGAGGAAGAGCGCAUGAGAGCAGAGGCCGAAAACCAAGAACAUGAAGCAAACGUGGGCAGGGACGUUGAGAGGGCCACUGCGAGCGAAAGGAAGCAGUGGGAAGCAGUCUAUGGCGACAAAGGCCCAAUGGGGAUACACGCGUCGGAGGAUUCCGGUGUUGGUGACAUAUACAACGAAAGGAAGCAUCGCAACAGUGGUACCACGACCACUGCCACAGCAACCCGCCGCUCAACGAUCGAUGAGAGGGAAGAAAUCGAAAUGGCCGAAAUUCCGAUUGCUGAAGAGGAACGGGCGAGCGAUGUGAUGGAGCUCCCGAGGGAUGCGCUCGAGCCACCGCCGAAGCCCAAGACGGCAGCAGAGAAGGUCCUUGAUAGGAACGCGGACGGCAUGGUCACCGUCCGUGUUGCUGUUGACGACGUUACCGCUGGGUGCCCCGCCGCUGAAGUAGAAGAGGAAGAAAAGAUUUGGCUCAUCGGCGAUGAUGGAGAGGCGCGACUCGUGCCCAAGGCGUCUGCAGAAUUCAGGGCAAAGGCUUCCACGCCAACGCCGAAUCUUGUGUCUCUGCCCUUCAGAGUACCUGCCCAGGCUGCCGAGGCUGGUGCAGCAGUUGACGAUGAUCAAUCGUCCGUAGCUGCAAUUGCCGAUCACGACGGUGACUUGUUGGAGACACGAAGCAACGCGAGCAAGAGGAGCUCACUUGCAAAUCGUCUAUCUGUCGGGUCAGCCGACCUGUUCCGGAGGUUAUCACAGCGAUCGCUGGGAAGAAAAAUGGACACUGCUGCUCGAGGUAAGAGCGAGAGUAGAGAGGAUCUGACGUCUCCCGUGAAAGAAGACAAUGAGUCCAUCGCUGCCACUCUUAAUGAGUCAGAUGGAUUCAGUGAUAGAGCGGUGACACCCACUGGUGAGAGACCCUUCAGCAAGGAGAUCAAGGCCGAGUUGGUAAAUGAGGAGACACAAGAGAAGGCUACAAGGAAGAGGCCAACAUCGGAAAUCACUGUUUCAACCGAUAUUCUGAACUCACCGGCAACCGACGCCUAUACAACCAUGUCUCCAGACGGGACGAAAUUCCAGCCAAGCCUGGAUUCGAUGCUCACAUCAGAGAAGGCAAGUGGGAAGCAGGUGGAAGAGGCAUCACCUGCGGAGGAUGAGAGCGUAUCGAAAGCGGGCAAGUCGAUCGCAUCUGAGGCCGACUCUGGCCCGCUGAGCCUGACAAAGGACCGACUUCCUCGUGGGCUGUCCAAGAUUGCACUGUCAUACCGCACAAAUGAAUGGGCUAAGCACCUGUCGAAUGCUGAGAUGCCUUCACCGGCCGAGCUUCGGAUCCCUCACGAGCCCGAGCCAGAACUGACCGAGGUCAAAGAGGUUGAGGAGAAGGCAGCGCCGGUGAAUGUGGAUGAGCUCAAGAAGACAGCUCUGGACGCGACUCCACCUCCUGCCAUGCCCAGGUCCGUCUCUGGGAUGUCAGUCCAGCGACCAGCGAACCUUGGGCUCCCGGGCAGCAACGUAGCAGUCAAGUCACCGCUGCACUCACCAAACAACCUCGACGCGUCAGUCGCUCCACAGAACCAACUCUUACCAAGCCAGCGAGUGUCUUCGGACACGAGACGGGUUUCCGGGCGGGCUGUGGCGGAGGAAGACGACAACAAAUCCGUCAUGAGCACCGACAGCAGGAAAGCUGCGAGGAAUGCUGCAGCGGCGGCCCUGGCAGGCGAAGCAGUCAGCGGGUCGUCACCCAUGUCCUCCAACGGGAACAGCAGCCCUCCUUCAGCAAGGCCCAUUUCUUCAAGACCCCCAGUUCCGGGCCUGGUCUCAUACGACAGCCCGCAGACCCUGAUCGGACAACGCGAUCUGCUCAUGCGGAAGAAAGCCUCGGUGCUCCGACCAGACUCAGUCCAACCAGGCAAGAUCAGCCCUCCCUCGUCCGCCUCGGUAUCAGAGUCAGGCUCCGUGCGUGGUGUCGCACCGACGCCGGCGUACGGAACAGUAGCCGCGCUGCCGCCGCCUGCCAUGCGGGACCCCAACGCCGCAGGGAGCGCGCCGAACAGCCGCAGGAGCUCCGGGACGGCGGGCAUCUCGGGCUCGGCUUUGGUCGACGCGGACGACCUGCCGCUCAGCCAGCGGAGGGCGAUGAUGCGCCAGGACAGCAGGACGGCUAUCAACAGCGGCUCGCUCGUGGGCGGGGCCAACUUCAACUCGCACCAGCCGCAGCGCACGUCCACCAUCCCCAGCCAGGCGGUGCGGGAGUCGCAGCUCGCCAGCUUCAGGCAGUCGGUCCAGCAGGACCUCCGCUCCACGCCGUCCGGGAUGCCGGCGGUGAACGCGAACGCGCAGCUCGGGUACGGCGCGGGGUACGGCAGCGCGCAGCAGCAGCAGCAGCAGCAGCAGCAGGGCCCGCUGAUCAACUCGAUCUACGGGGUCCCGGGGACGUCGUCGGCGCACUCGCUACCGCAGCACGUGGUGCGGCAGAGCUACGACGCCGAGGUGCAGCGGGACAUCGAGACGCAGCGCAGCUUCAUGAUGGGCCAGCGGCAGGCGGAGGCGCAGAAGCGGGAGACGCUCCGGACGGAGCGCGAGCGGGCGGGCAGGAUGUUCGAGCAGCGCAUCCGGUCCGACCGCGACAUGAUGGAGAUGCACCGCGAGGCCCUGCGCAAGAUGCAGAGGCGCGCGAGCCAGGCGGACCAGCAGCGGAUGCAGUAG